AUGUCUUUGGGUACUUCCCAAGCAGUUUUUCAGAUUCUGUCUAGGGUUGUGCCUCAAUGUGGUCAUAAUGAGCUUUACGGAAACACUUCGCAGUUGCGGGUGAAAUGUAGGAACAAAAUGUCUUCAAGGCGUAGGUUUUUAAUCGAGAGUUCUACUUCCAGCGUCCUUCAAAGCAAGUUAAGACCUCAUCGAUUUCCGUUGACCGCUGUCAGUUUUUGUGACUAUAAGAGCUAUACAUGCAAAUGCCAACAGGCUGAAAAUGUUAGUGGCGGCAUAAUGUCAGGAGAUGGGAACGGAUCAAGGUUUGCGAGUGAUGUUGAGAAAUCAAAUUUGGUAAGCAAUGUGAUGAGUGUGAAGUCUGUUCUAGAGUUUGAAGAUGUUCAGUUGUUGAAACAGGAGAAGGAGAUUUUGUCGUCUAAUAUUACAAAUGGAAAUAUCUCGAAAAACUUUGACUCUAUUAGCUCAAUUGAGGAAGAAGCGUGGGAUUUACUGAGGGAGUCUGUAGUUAAUUAUUGUGGCAAUCCUAUUGGAACUAUUGCUGCAAAGGAUCCAAAUAGCACCAAUGUUUUGAAUUAUGACCAGUUGCAGAGCUGGGAGAAAACUAUGGAUUGUCAUAGUCCAGGACAAGGUUUGAUGCCUGCUAGUUUUAAGGUUCGGACAGUUCCUCUGGAAGGUGAUGACUCUGCAACUGAAGAGGUUUUGGAUCCCGAUUUUGGAGAGGCAGCUAUUGGCCGUGUUGCUCCUGUUGAUUCCGGGUUGUGGUGGAUUAUUUUACUACGAGCAUAUGGAAAAUGCUCUGGGGAUUUAUCAGUUCAGGAGAGAGUUGAUGUGCAAACAGGAAUUAAGAUGAUUUUGAAGUUGUGUCUUGCUGAUGGCUUUGACAUGUUUCCAACAUUGUUAGUAACUGAUGGUUCUUGCAUGAUAGAUCGGAGGAUGGGCAUACAUGGGCAUCCUUUGGAGAUUCAGGCACUGUUUUAUUCUGCCUUACUUUGUGCACGUGAGAUGCUUACUCCCGAGGAUGGAUCAGCUGAUCUUAUACGAGCACUGAACAAUCGUCUGGUAGCUCUUUCAUUUCAUAUUAGAGAAUAUUAUUGGAUUGAUAUGAAAAGGUUAAAUGAAAUUUACCGUUACAAGACAGAGGAGUACUCGUAUGAUGCAGUUAAUAAAUUCAACAUAUAUCCAGACCAGAUUCCUCCUUGGUUAGUGGAAUGGAUGCCGAACAAAGGAGGCUACUUAAUUGGUAACUUACAACCAGCUCACAUGGAUUUCCGGUUUUUUUCACUGGGAAACUUGUGGUCUGUGGUAAAUAGUAUGGCCACAGAGGAACAAUCACAUUCCAUUUUAGAUCUCAUUGAAGCCAAAUGGUCAGAUUUGGUAGCAGAGAUGCCACUCAAGAUUUGUUAUCCCGCCCUUGAAGGUCAGGAGUGGCAGAUAAUCACUGGAAGUGAUCCCAAGAACACGCCUUGGUCCUACCAUAAUGGAGGCUCCUGGCCAUCACUGCUCUGGCAGCUCACAGCUGCAUGCAUAAAGAUGAACAGACCCCAUAUUGCUGCAAAAACUGUUGAAAUUGCUGAGAGGCGUAUAUCAAGAGACAAGUGGCCUGAAUAUUAUGACACAAAAAGAUCUCGAUUCAUCGGAAAACAAUCUCAACUGUUUCAGACAUGGUCAAUUGCGGGAUACCUUGUGUCAAAGCUGCUGCUUGCUGACCCAAGUAAAGCAAACAUACUGAUAACUGCAGAGGAUUCUGAACUUGCGAAUGCUUUUAUUACAGCCAAUCCAAAAGGAAAGCGUGGGAGGAAAAAUUUGAAGCAGACCUACAUUGUAUGA